GAUCCCAUUUCUAAACGCAUUUCUCUUGCAACCUUUUUAUGCCCCGGACAGCAGCGAUACAGGACUGGGCGACCGAAAUUUCCCAUCUUUUCCUCGUUUUUGGGGGAUUUCAUUUCCGCUCCUCGUUCCCAUCGAUCAGCGGCCGCCUUUGCUAUUAGCUUCCCCCAUUUGAUUCCGUGGGAAGCAAAGACACCUUUUUUAGGGUCGGAUUUGUGGCCGAGCUCUUGAUUUGCUCGGUUUGUUCCUGUUUCUGAGAGAGGAGGAGGGAUCCUUGGAUCAGGGAUCGAGCAAGGAAGCAGCCAUGAGCGGCGGGAGCGGGAGUUUCCUCGAGAUCCAGCCCUCGGAGCUCGCAUUCCCCUUUGAAUUAAUGAAGCAGAGCUCAUGCUCCAUGCAACUCACCAAUAAGACUGACCAUUAUGUUGCGUUCAAGGUCAAAACAACCAACCCAAAGCAGUACUGUGUGCGCCCUAAUAUUGGUGUUGUAUUACCUGGGUCAACUUGUGAUGUUACAGUGACAAUGCAAGCGCAGAAGGAAUCACCUCCAGACAUGCAGUGCAAGGACAAGUUCCUAGUUCAAAGUGUUGCAGCUGAGAAUGGUGCAACAACUCAAGACAUUAAUGCGGCAAUGUUCAAUAAGGAGCCAGGGAAAGUUGUCGAUGAAUUCAAGCUGCGUGUGGUCUAUGUGCCAACAACUUCGCCCAGUCCAAUCCCUGAAGAUUCUGAACUAGGGAGUUCUGCUCACUCGUUUGCACAAGAAAAUGGGAUAAGUCAUCCCGCGUUGCCACAAACUGUAUCUAGAUCAUCCGCUGAAACAACAAAGGAGAAGUCCUCUGAGGCAACUUCUGUGAUCUCCAAGUUAACUGAGGAGAAAAUGUCCGCUAUUCAGCAAAACCAGAAGUUGCGGCAAGAGCUGGAGCUUCUACGGAAAGAGAGCAGCAAGAACGGCGGCGGUUUCUCCAUCACCUUCUUGGUCAUCGUGGGCCUUCUGGGCAUCAUCGUCGGCUACAUCCUCAAGAGGACAUAGUAGGAUCCAGUCUCCAGCAGAGCUAUACUCCCAUGAGAGGAUACCCACACGCGGCAUGCAUAUGCAUACCGCCCCUUGUGUUUUCGCUCUUAAACGGAGCGCCUGUUCUAACGUGUAACAACAGCCCUCCUAGAAGCUUUGGUUGUGUACAUUAUGGUGGUUCAUACUUUUUCUUCUGGGAUUUUUUGGAUUUGUUAGACUUGUUUUAAGCCUAACUGCCGCGACUUUGUCACGUUUACCAUAACCUUUAUUCUUUCUGAUGAUCUCAUAAUUACUGGGAUGCUUCCUAUCCAUU